AUGUCCAGCGACGAGGAUGAAAUGCGGCAGCUGCGUGCCACGAGCAGCUACGCUGCUGCUGCAAGGGACCGGCAGCAGCAGCAGCAGCAGCAGCAGCGCCGCGAAGCCGCCGCUACAGCAGCAGCAGCUAAAGCAGCAGCAGCAGCAGCAGCAGCAGAAAGUAACAGCAGCAGCGAUGACGACAGCUUCGGCCCCAGGCCUUUAAGCAAAUCAGCGCGCAGCAGGCGCAGCAGCAGCGAGGAUGAUAGCUGGGGGCCCCGCCCGCAACAGCAGCAGCAGCAGCAGCAGCAGGAAGCAGCAGCAAGAUCCGACUCAGAAGACAGCGAUGGCGAGGAUGGUGCUGCUGUUGAUGAGGAAGCUGCUGCUGCUCUUGCUGCAAUGGGUCUGCCCUCCAGCUUCGGCGGCCCCGUGCUGCAGCAUCAGCAGAAGAGCAGCAGCAAAGCCCGCAGCAGCAGCAGCAGCACGCGAAGCAGCAGCAACGGGAAGGGCCGCCUCAAUGCCAAGGCUGCUGUUGCUGCUGAGGCAGCUGUAAAGAAAGAGUCUCCUGCUGCUGCUGCUGCUUCCGACGCCGGCAGCAGCAGCAGCAGCAGCAGCAGCAGCAAUAGAAGCAGCAGCAGCAGCAGCAGCAGGCAGCUGCGCAACAACGGUCUCUGGAGAGAGAUAGACCCAUGGCUGUCUCCUUCUCUUCUUUCUGGCUUCCGAGAGGCAUCUGGUGCAGCAGCAGCAGCAGCAGCAGCCGAUGCAGCAGCAGCAGCAGCAGCAGCAGAUGCAGCAGCAGCAGCAGCAGCAAAAGAUGAAUUGCCGCUGCUUGGGCGUUUCUCUUUUAUAGAGGAUACAGCCGAAGCUGUCUCUUCAUUUGCACUGUCUCAGAGGGGCAACCGAAUAGCUGUAGGCUCUGAAGACGGUGUUGUACGUUUAUAUGAUUACGGGGCUGUUUCUUCUCUGAAGAACAUGCAUGCAUAUAGAGUAAUAAAUAUUUCAGAAAGACAAAAGAUAAAAAGAAUAAGAUUCGACGGCUCUCUUCAGAUGUGGGGUGGUGUAAAUAAACAGAGGCAUAUCUCUAGACCCGAUGCUAUUAUUAGAGAUGCGCAUUCUGCUGCUGCUUCCAGAUCCCAGCAGCAGCAGCAGCAGCAGCAGCAGCAGCAGGGGAGGAAGAGGUUUAUGGGGAUGGCUGAGGUGCUGCAGCAAGAAGGAUCGUGUGGGGUUGCAGCAAUGGUGUUUGCUGCUGAUGAUAGGUCCCUAUACACCCGAGGGUUAGAUGGUUCUGCUUGUUUGUUUGAUUUAAGAAAGUUUACAUCUCCUGUCUUUCGUAUAUCUUCUUUACCUACUGAUGCAACUGAGCAAGGCAUCUGUCUCUCGCCCUGCUCUCGUUUCUUUUGCAUCUCUACUCAGCAGCAGCAGCAGCAGCAGCAGCAGCAGCAGCAGCAGGAGCAGCAGCAGCAGCAGGAGCGUAGGCCUCGUAGAUCUUUUAGAGGUGAAGUACGAGGAUACUGCAGCAAGACAGGAGAACAUUGUUUCUCUCUGCCUUUUAAAGACGCUCCGACUCUGCUGCAUUGGGAGCAAGGAGCAAAUGAGCUGUUUUGCUGCUGCAUGAACAAAGAGCUUCACGUAUGUUUCUCCGGUAAAGGUGCAGCAGCAGAGAAGGGAGCAGCGCGUCUAUGCACCUCUGCUGCUGCUACUGCUGCUGCAGCUGCUGCUGCUGCAGCAGCAACAGGGGACUGGAGUUCGUUAUCUCGCCGAGAGAAAGACAGGCUAGAGUUCGAGCUGCAGCAGCAGCUGCAUCAGCAGCAGCAAGAAAAUAUAUUUGCUGGAGAUGCUUUACCUGAAGGAUAUACACAAACAGCAGACGGACGCCUAAUUAAGAAGAGGUUGCGGCCGCAGCAGCAGCAGCAGCAAUUUGAAGUGACACAAAAGACUAAGCUGCCUCCAAUCCCUUCUAAGAGAGGCAUGAACGGUUAUCCAGGUGCAACAGGAAAUCGUAGUCUUCAUAUACUGCAGCAGCUAAACCUAGUUCCGUCACAGCAGCAGCAGCAGCAGCAGCAGCAGCAGCAGCAGCAGCAGAUACCGGGUGCUACAGAUUCGGAUACAUUCUUAACUGGAAUCAACAGCAGCAGCAGAGACACUUGGGCGUCUACAUUUAUCUCUAGAGCAUAUGCGAAGACAGCACCUAAGCCGAUAAUUACUUCUGACGCUGAAGAAACUAAAACGGAUAAAAUAUUAAGCAGCAGCAAAAGAUGCUCGCGCUGCGGCCUACGCUGCUGUCAAUGCGAAGCUAACAGUAAUAAAGUGCUGCGUCUUAGAGAAGAAAUGCAGUAA